AUGACGCCAGCUCUGCCAACAUCCGCAAAGAUCCCUACUACCUUCCCAAUUGUUGGACAAGUCGAACCAGGAUUUGAACGGUUGCGUGAGGCUUUCAAGGCCAAUUUUGAUGCUGGUGAAGAGCUUGGCGCUGGAAUCUGCUGUUACUUGAAUGGCAAGAAAGUCGUGGAUUUAGAAGGAGGUUACUUUGAUGAAACCUAUGACCGAGUCUACGCCGGUAGUUUGCAAGUAGUGUUUUCAUGCUCCAAGCUCGUGGAAUCCAUUCUUGUUGCUCAUGAGGUCGAUCAAGGCACUUUCGAUUAUGACGACAAGAUUGCUAAAUAUUGGCCUGAAUUCGGUCAAGGAAAAAAGGAAAACGUGCUAGUUAAAGAGCUGAUGGCUCAUAGAGCAGGUGUUGAAGGGCUGAAGGAUAAGCCUACAAUUAAGAAGAUGCAAGAUCUGGACGCCAUGGCACGUCAUUUAGCUGCUCAGCCUCAUCUUCAUGAGGGUGUCACUACGGAAGUGUAUCACGCCUGGACUCGUGGCCUUUACGCUAACGAACUGGUUCGCAGAACCGAUCCCCACAAACGUAACAUGGGUCAGCUAGUGCAAGACAUAAUAUCGAAGCCUCUUGGAGUGACCUUCUAUUUCGGAACACCGAGUCACGUCGACGAGCGUAUCUCACCAGUGGUCUUGUACCCAUACUCAAACCGUCCAAGAACUGUGGUCGAUGAAGCCGAUCGUGCAAAGGGAAUUCCAGCUCCUCCACCCGGACUAUUAGAGACGUUUGAUCUAACUAUAAAUACUGUUGACGUGACGGGCUUGCCACCCCAUUCAUCUGUACCGAUAUGCGUUGCGAAUACUCGGGAAGGACGUGCUAUGCAAGCACCGUCAUCUAAUGGAGUAACAAAUGCGAGGUCUUUGGCCAAGAUUGGAGCUGCUAUGGCUAAUGGAGGGAGUUUCGAUGGGGUGACAAUCUUGUCGAAAUCGGGAAUGGAUAGGGCUGCUGUUAAGCAGCCUCGAAUGGACAAUGCUCUCUUCCCGGGAACGCAACUCACAUGGACAGCUGCGGGUUGGGCAUCUUGGGAUACUGAGAUUGUACCUGGCAGGCCAGAUCUUGGAACGGAUCCCGACGUAUGUUUUGAAGGAUGGAUGGGAUAUGGAGGCUCCCAAUUCCUCUUUGAUCGCAAAAACAAUAUCAGUUUUGCGUACGUGAUGAACGGAUGUGUUGCUGAUUCCGUGAGUGGAGACAGACGGACUCCAGCGCUCAUUAAAUGCUUUGUUGAAUGCUAUAAGGCACUGCAACAGAAGCAAUCGCAUCUGUAA